GCUUCGCUGUCAAACGGAAAAUGGCAGCGACGAGUGUUGUCGUUCUCGAUAGAGGCAACAAUACAACUUGUACCGUAAAUCUUUUCGGUGCUACAGUAGUAUCAUGGAGAGUGAACAAUCAAGAACAGUUAUUUGUAAGUAAACAGGCUGUGUUUGAUGGCAAGAGGGCGAUACGAGGUGGAAUACCGUUUGUUUUCCCUCAGUUCGGUCAAUGGGCGUUCGGUCCGCAGCACGGGUUCGCCCGGAUAGCUCGCUGGCAUGUCGAGAAAAUGCCGGAGCGACUGCCCAGCGGCGACGUCGAAGCUGUCUUCAGCCUCAUGGAUGACGACUUCACAAGGUCCAUGUGGCAUUUCCAGUUCAGACUGACAUACAGACUGAUACUUCGCGAGAAGGAGCUGCACUUCAACAUCGGCGUGUACAACCCCAGCAAGGAGCUCACCUUCAGCUGCCAGAUGUUGCUCCACACCUACUUCAAGGUGCCCGACGUCAGGCGUUGCCAGAUCACCGGAAUGCAUGGCUGCAUGUUCAUCGAUAAGACUCGAGAAGGCGCAGUGUACCAGGAGACGCGCGAGGUGGUGACCAUCAACGAGUGGACGGACAGGAUCUACCAGAACACGAUGCAGGAGCACAUCAUCACCAACGUCGUAAGCGGACGCAAGAUGAGGAUACAGAAGUACAACUUCCCCGAUACUGUAAUCUGGAACCCAUGGGCGGAGUACGCGAAAGAGAUCCCUGACUUCGGCGACGACGAGUUCCCGAACAUGGUGUGCGUGGAGGCAGGCCGCGUGGCCGCGCCCAUCGUACUGCUGCCCGGCACCGCCUUCGAGGCCAGCCAGAUACUGCAGGUGAUGUAAGAGACUGGACGACCCACAUACAACGCAGCCGUCCACAGGAGCCGAGUCAGGUGUACUCACUCGCCGGCCACGUAGCCAGGGCUCUACGCAUCAUUCCUCUACACUAUGGCAUAUACUGACUCUUAACUUCUUCACUAACGGUAAAUGUUUAAAUUGUCAUUUCUAGACGCAUUUUUAAUUCUGAUUCAGAUGUAAAUCAACUUAACUGUAAUCGUAAAUGAGAAAGGAGACCACUAAGGAAGAAGAUAUCUUCAAUUUAAUGUUAUUACAGAAAUUCUUAUUCAUAUGUGUAGCCAGUGUAUGUCAUUGUGUACAACUCUUUUACAUAGUAAACGAAUAAUCAUUAGUAUCCCAGUAAUUUUUGUACUUUUGCAAAUAUCAGUAGGUUCAAAUAUUCAUACAUCAUCGUCAUUAUUUGUAGUUGUAAUUAAAUACAAUUCGUUCGGAUGUCAAUUUGUAGCAUAGACAUGUCGUGGGUUUUAGAAACCUAACGAUGUUCGGAACUUUUUUGUAAAUUCGACUUUAGCGUUGAUUUAUGUUGUUUGAGAAACUUCAUCAUUAAUAUGAACAGUUUUUAACACUUUUAAAUACCGAGUCUGACAAUGAUGACCGACGUUAUCGAAUGAUUGGCGUGUAAUAGUUUUUGUUGACAGUUAAGGCUUAAGUACAAUUUAAAGCAUUUCUUCUUACAAUAUAAUUUUGAAAACCAUUAUUUGUUUUUUUAUACAAAAAUUAUGUACUAAUAUUACUGAAACUAUCACUUUUAAGCUCGACUCGAGCGCUAAAUACGUAAAACUAAUAGUUUAUCUUUUAGGGUAUAUGUUAACUAAAUCAUUCCGUAUGUACAAUUGAUUUUACAAAUAUUAUUUUAGUUUCAACAUAAAAAUCCUUCUUUUAAUGAUAAUACGCACAAACUUAACUUCAUUCCAUAGGUUAAUUCAAAUAUGAUUUUUUAAAACAGUAGCAAUUAAUUAAUUUUGAAUCCUAUGUUUUACAUGCAAGGUUGAAUAUGCACCUUUGAUGGAAUUUUAUAACAACUGUAUACAAGAUAAAAGUAAAGGUUUAGUUAUUAAUUUUUUUUAGACUAUAGUAAUAAUAUCAUUCCCAGAGCAAGUCUAGCUCGAAAUCAUCACGAAAUAAUGUGACAAAGGAAUCGAAAAAGACAUUAUUUUAUAUCGAGUGGAGGUUAUGUUUCUAUUGUUUAAUUACUUGCUGUCAUUUCAUAAUAAUAUUGUUAUAAUCUUGCCAAAUGGUUUCUAACACUUUUCUUGUUUGUUUAUAUAUUUACGAUCAAUUUCACAAUUUGUUAAUAACGACUAGGUAACAUAUGAGUUAAUUUUUUAUGAGAACUUGUAAAAUUGUGAAUCUGUUCGCAUAGGAAUCGAUCAAAAUAGUAUCGAGAAUUCUCUUGUAAGCGUUUCGUCCAUGUUGGAUCAAUGUCACAUCAUAACAUAACGCUUUUUAUCCCCAAAGGGUUAGGCAGAGGUGCUUAUAAAAUGUAAGAAACACUCAAUUUUC